GACGGAGCCGCUGAUUGGCUGCAGCAACACCCGCUGAUCUGUGUACAGUUUCAUGUGUAGAGCGCGUUAAAUGUAUUUCCUGAUAAGAUAGAGAUCCACUAACGGCAGUCCUGUUUAUUAUGGCGUUUCCUAAAGAGUGGAAAUAGUGCUCAGUCUUGUGUCGUUAACUGCCACUAAGGUUUUACAGUUUUCUGGACAACAGGAAUGACCUGAAGACUAAAAAGAUGGAGGAGAAAGCGUUAGAGGUGUACGAUGUGAUUCGGUCGAUCCGGGACCCAGAGAAGCCCAACACCCUGGAGGAGCUGGACGUGGUGACGGAGAAAUGUGUGGAGGUCCAGGAGCUCGGGGACGACGAGUACCUCAUCAUUAUCAAGUUCUCUCCAACCGUCCCUCACUGCUCCCUGGCCACUCUGAUCGGUCUGUGUUUACAAGUGAAGCUGCAGCGAUGUCUGCCGUUCAAACACAAGCUGGAAAUCUACAUUUCAGAAGGAACGCAUUCUACUGAAGAAGAUAUUAACAAGCAGAUCAACGAUAAGGAGCGAGUCGCGGCCGCCAUGGAAAACCCCAACCUGAGGGAGAUCGUGGAGCAGUGUGUCACCGAGCCUGACGACUGACAGGACGCCGUGUGUGUGUGUGUGUGUGUGUGUGUGUGUGUGUGUGUGUGUGUGUGUGUUAAAUGUAAUCACUCAGAUUCUCCUGACGAGAUGAUGGGAUUUAUUUUUAACGUGUUGUAUAAAAGAAUCUGGUAUUAAAAUCUGCUUUAACGAGAA